AUGCCGACUCACAAAGUCUUCCGUUUGCAUUCGCGCACAGACUUCUGUGCCAUCAAGAGCCAUGAAGAAGAGAUGCCUACCCCUGACAAGCAUGAAGUCCUCAUCAAAGUCAAAAGUGUCUCCCUGAACUACCGCGACGUUGCUGUCGCCAAUGGUGCAUACCCUUUCCCUGUGAAAGACAUGGUCGUCCCCUGCUCCGACGCUUGCGGUGAGGUCGUCGAACUCGGAUCCGCCGUCAAGAAUGUCGAAAAAGGCGAUCUCGUUGUGUGCACUUUCGACCCGACGAACCUUUAUGGACCCCAGAAGGAUUGGCAGAAUGGACUUGGUGGCCCUGUGGAUGGAGUCUUGAGAGAGCAUGUUGCCGUUCCUGCAGCAGCUGUUAUCAAACUUCCUUCUGGCUCUGAUGUCUCGACUGCGAGCUGGGCUAGCACGGUUUGCACUGGUGUCACUGCUUGGAACUGCUUGUAUGGAAAUAUCCCUCUCCGUCCCGGUCAGACUGUGCUUCUUCAAGGCACCGGAGGUGUCUCCAUGACCGCCCUCCAGAUCGCCAAGAACGCUGGCGCAACCACCAUCAUCACAUCCUCUUCAGACAAAAAGCUCGAGUCCGUCAAGAAGGAGUUCGGCGUCGACCACACCAUCAACUACAAAACCGCCGACUGGGCCGAAGAAGCCCGCAGACUGACAAACGGUCAUGGCGUCGACUACAUUAUCGAGAACGGCGGCUCCGGCACCAUCAAGCAGAGUCUAAACGCUAUCGCCAUGGGUGGAAAUAUCUCGGUCGUAGGCUUCUUGUCUGCAGCUGCUCAAGAGGAUAUGCCUGAUGUUGCAGGUCUUGCUUUGAGCAAAGGAUGUGUGGUCAGAGGUAUCACUGUGGGAUCUACUCAACUUCUCGAGGAGGCCGUACGCUUUUUCGGAUCGAGAAAGAUUGGUGUUCCUGUGGACAAGGUGUUUGGUUCUUCGCAAGAGGAGGUCAUCAAGGCCUUUGAGUACUUGACUGGGGGCUCGCAUAUCGGCAAGGUCUGUAUCAGCUUCGAGAAGUGA